UCCACGUCGCCGCUGGUGUUCCCUGAUCCUCUGCCUGCCUUCAACACGUCACUGCACGUCGUUGCCAGUCCUGGAACCACCCCCAGCGCGCCUACCCUAUCACGCCUCCACCACGAGAACCCCCGUUUUCUUAUAAUGCCGCCCAAACGCAAGCGAGCCGUCUCCUCUGUACAGAAGAUGGACGUCCAGCCCUCAUCCCGCGACGCCUCCGGCGAGGAUGCCGAGGACCCAAUACUCCAAGAAGUUACUGCCACGAAGCGAGCCAGGUCCAGCAAAUCUGAAAAUGGUGCCGGGGCUGUGGAUGGUACGGCCGAGCGCAGCGCAUCUCGAGCGAGCCGGAAGAGCAGGCAUUCGACGUCGUCCGCGGACAGCGAAAGGCAGGCCGCACUGGAGAGAGCUGCCCAUGGCGAGAGUGGUGAAGCCGGGACGAUGAGAAUGGAGGACCCUCCGAAGGCUGGGCUGGUUGACCCUGUGGGCUAUAGUACCAAUCCACCGCCCGAGGGUAGGCCCGUCAGGGUUUACGCGGAUGGAGUCUUCGAUCUGUUCCAUAUUGGACACAUGCGCCAGCUGCAGCAAGCCAAGACUGCCUUCCCGGAUGUCUACCUCAUUGUUGGUGUCACCGGUGACAAGGAAACACACAAGAGGAAGGGUCUUACUGUGCUCUCGGCUAAGGAACGUGCUGAGAGCGUGCGGCAUUGCAAAUGGGUCGAUGAGGUUGUGGAAGAUUGCCCCUGGAUCAUUGCGGACGCUCCCGAGUUCAUUGAGCUGCAUAAGAUUGAUUACGUUGCUCACGACGACAUCCCAUACGGCGCCGACGAGGGAGAUGAUAUCUACGCGCCAAUCAAGGAAAAGGGCAUGUUCUUGGUCACCCAAAGAACUGAAGGCCUCAGCACGACUGGUAUUAUCACAAAGAUUGUACGCGACUACGACAAGUACAUCAGCCGGCAACUCAAUCGCGGAACUUCUCGUAAAGAGCUCAAUGUUUCAUGGCUCAAGAAGAACGAGCUCGAAAUCAAGCGAAACAUGAUUGAGCUACGAGACAGUAUCAAGACCAAUUGGCAAACUACUGGUCAAGAGCUGGGCAAGGACCUGCGUCAAUUUUGGCAGUCUAGCAGGCCAGCCAGCCCUGCCCGAACGCCGACAACGGAAAAGACCGAAGAUGGAGCGAAGUCGCCAACAUUUACGACCGCUUCGCCAUCUGCUCUUUCACGCCUCAAUCAUUUGGACAUUCCAAGAGGCUCACCGGCUCAUGGAGGGCGUGAAUCAUCCGACUUCACAGCCGGGUAUAAUCUCGGUUUGAUCGGAGGUGUCCGAUCUUGGAUGGCUCGCAGCCGCCGUAAUCUAAAUGACAGCCGACCGGACAGCCCCGACAGUGGGGAAGGCAGCUCAGACGAGCGGAGCGUCAAGGAACCAUCGCGCGCCCAGUCGCGAGGCCGGCGGGGCAAACAAGUCGAGCCCGUAGAUGCCCAGAUGGAGGAUCGGACGCAAUAAGCGCCCUAUUUGUCGCGGCGUUUUCAAGCUGUCGCGUAACGCUAUGCUGGGUUUGUAACGUCGUCUCAUUCGGUCCAGAUGCUAUUUUUCACAGCCCUUGUGCGCCCCCAGCUAGCUCUCUCUCUUUGAAUCAGCCUCAAAAUUCAGGAAUAGGGAAA